GAUAUAGAUUACAAAUAAUGUUAUGUGAAUCAAUUAAAAGAAUUUAUAUAAUAAUCUGAUAUAUACCGGUAAUUGGUUGCUAAGACAUGACAAUGGCUCUGCGUAUUUCUAUAUUUCCUUUCAACAGGCACCAGAUAUGGCUGGCUAAUUAUUCUGCCUAUGGGAGAAAUUUGUCUACUUCUGCUAGCAAGGCAAUAAGCUCCAUCAAUGACUUCACAUCUGAUGAGUAUCAGUUUCUGCACAAAUCGUCUCUGCCAUCAAUGUACUACCAGAAGUCUCUCCUUCGACUCCCAAUACCAGACCUGGAGAAGACCUGCUCGCGUUACCUACUCUCCCAGCAAGCGCUGCUCAGCAAAGAUGAGUAUCGUGUCACUGAAGCUGCCGUUGCAGACUUCAGGACAGUUACCGGCCCACCUCUGCAGGCAAAGCUCAAAGCCUGGGACAAGAACAACAAGCACACAAACUACGUGUCGGAACCGUGGUUCGAUAUGUACCUCAAAGACAGAGCAUCAGUUGUUCUCAAUUACAACCCCUUCCUGGCCUUCAAGUUCCCCGAGCCCCCCAUGAACGACCCUCUUCUCAGGGCUACUAAUAUGCUUGUCUCAAGCGCCAGGUUUCUGCGCACGUUCCGUGCAGGGUUGCUGGAGCCUGAAGUGUACCACCUCGAUCCUGCCAAGAGCAACACGCCCUUCUACAGACGUGCGGUCGGCCUGGCUCCUCAGAUGCUCGCUUCCUUCGUCUCCUAUGCCUUCAAGGCGUUCCCGCUGGACAUGUCGCAGUACAGCCGCCUCCUCAACAGCACCCGAGUGCCGCAGGUCGGCCGCGACGUCCUCAGCAGCGACGACACAGCCCGCCACGUGCUCGUCAUGCGCAACGGCAACUUCUACGUCUUUGAUAUCCUCGACGAAAACGGAGCCAUCUACCCACCAGCCCACCUACAUGCGUGCAUGGCCCACAUCGCUGCUGACACCACACCACGCCCCGCCCACCCACUCGGCUACCUCACCUCAGAGAACCGCGACACCUGGGCCAAGGUGCGGCAGGAGCUGGUGGCUGCAGGCAACGCUGAGUCUCUUGCAGCAGUUGACCACGCGGCGUUCAACCUCGUGCUGGACGGGCAGGUGGUGGGACAAGACCCUGAGCUCUGCUACAGGACCUUCCUGUACGGCGACGGCGGCAACAGGUGGUUCGACAAGUCGUUCUCGCUGAUCCUGAGCGCAGACGGCAUCGCUGCGCUUAACUUCGAGCACUCUUGGGGCGACGGGGUGGCGGUGAUGCGCUACUUCAACGAGGUGUCUGAGGACGUCGAGAAGCACUGCUUCGUGGGGCCAGACUCGCCCCCCGCGCCCCUGGACCCGUCUAAGCACGUCAAAAUCCUCGAGUGGCGUGUCCCAGACAGCGUGGCGGCGGCGGUGGAGGCGGCCCGUCGCUCGUACGAGGCGGCCACCAGCGCCCUGGCGGUACACGUGCUCGAGGCGCCCUGCGUCAGCAAGCGGCUCUGCAAACACCACCGCGUGUCCCCCGACGCCGUCGCGCAGCUCGGGCUCCAGGUGGCGUACCGCAUGCUGUACGGCGGCACGGCUGCUACCUACGAGUCGUGCAGCACGUCGGCCUUCAAGCACGGCAGGACCGAGACCGUGCGGCCGGCGACCCUGCAGACGAAGGCGUUCAGUGAAGCCGUGUGUGAGGGCGACACUCGAGACGUCGCGAAGCUCAAGGCCUUGGUGAACGAGUGCAGCAAAGUCCACAACCAGCUCACCAAGGAGGCCGCCAUGGGGCAAGGCUUCGACCGUCACCUGUUCGGCCUGCGGAACCUGGCGCUGCAGGCGGGGGGCGAACUGCCCGCCCUGUACCGCGACCCCGCCUACGCUAAGAUCAACCACAACGUCAUCUCCACCUCGACGCUGCCCUCCAACAACAUCUCCUUCGGGGGCUUUGCUCCUGUCGUCAAGGACGGCUUUGGCGUCGGCUACCAAAUGCAGGAGGAGAUGGUGGGCGUGGUGAUGUCGUCGUACCCACCGCACAGGGACGGCGCCGCCUUCAUCGACUGCCUCGGCAAAGCCUACGGCAUCAUCGGCGACGUGCUUACUGCCGCGUGAUGGCGGCCGUCCUAGCAGCAGUUGUGUAGUCAAGUAUAAUAGGUGCUAUUGUGUGGUCAUGUAUAAUAAAAUAGGUGCUGUUGUGUGGUCAUGUAUAGCCGGCGUUGUGUGCCUUCCAUUGUGCCACCUAGGAUGUUGACGCCAGUCAUUUGUAAAUUAUUAGCUUUAGGUUUUGUGGACCAGACCUCUAAUUUGUGCAUGUGUUUGCUAAACAUUUCAUUUGCGUCCAAAUCCUUACGCUUUGAGCCAACAAGACUAACUGUAACUAAUUAUCGGAAAAAUUCCUGUAUCAUUUACUAACAUUUUGUCAUGAAAUAUUUGCAAAAUUCAAUGCAAAAUACUUUUAAUUUAGCCAAAUAAAUGAAUUGCCUGUAUGUGGAGAAUUUUUUAUGAAUAUAUAUUUUGCUAGUAACUAUGGUGUGUCAACUGUUCGUAGGAUCAUUGGCUCGUUGAUGAAUAUUACAGCAUCGAUGUCUAUAUUAUGGAAAAUAGUUGAUUCGCAUCGAAAUACUUUUAUUUCGGUAGCUAGCGACAUUUAUUUUUCUACGAAUAUCAAAUAUUCUGGUAUAUUUUCCUUUCUAAUUUGCGCUGCCUGUGGGAUCUCCAAUGCUGCACUGCCUGUCGAAUUAACAGACGUUAACUUACGUUUUUCCUGUACAAGGAAUGUCAACAUUCGCCAAGAAUUGUUUACUCCUUGGAUGGUAUGGUAUAAUGACUGAGUUAGUCAUUUUCUUCCUAAAACGAAAUUAAAUUGAACAUUGGCCGCGUUUCUAGUCUCCUGUAUAUUGCUUAAUUAUUUCCAUACUGCCGUGAGUUCCGACCUUCGCGAGCUCAAAUAACUCCUCGUUUAUGUCCCGCGCAGUCGCCGCUGUCAAUAUUGCAAUUGCACUUCAGCUUCAAUGCUGCUUUAAUAUUUAUUGCAAUAAAUAAGUUUAACGUUUAAAGAUAUUGGUAGGCUGCUGAGAACAGGUAAGUAACGUGUGGCAACACCGGAAAAUAGUUAUCGAAUUUAUCACUCAACAAUCUAAAAGAUAUUAAAAUUUAGCAUGACUACGAGUGUGUUCUCGUACCACGGGCUAGGAAGUUGGGUUUACUUGUAAUUUUAUCAACAAGACUUAUUUAAUUUAUAUGAUAACUUCAAGACACUUCUUUUUUCAUAAGUAUGCCGUAUGUUUUGCCUACAGCCCUGGCAUACACUAAAUGAAGUACAAACCCAAACUCUGUUUGAGCAUCGCCCCAGAGCGCUGUUAUUUAUUCUGAAACGUAUUGAUUUGAUAACGGCUUGAUCAAUUUCCAUGGAUUUACUAUUUAUACGCAACUAUUACGUAUAUUAUUUACAAUUGUCUACCGUCUAUAGGUUUACCGGUAAUUCAAGCUGCUGAGUGGUGAGCGAGUGCUCAUUUGAGAAGAAGUAGGUAGAGAUGUGAUGAGGGAAGGUCCUCAAAUAUCCAAGUGUUCAGAGAAUGGAUGAGUCGCAGAGCCUCCAACUCAAUGGGCAACACGCGGCAACAACAGCGCGCUUGUGUACAUUAUCAUCUCAGGGGUUCAGCUCUGUCUCUGCAUUGUGUAAUAAGUUGGAAGUUCGUUGCACUCUUCUCAACUAAACCUGAUUUGAAUUUAUUCAUCGAGAACGAGGAUAUAUUGCGGGAAUGAAAAGUGCGUUUUUGCUUGAACUAUGUGAUCGUUAUGCAGUGGAAUAAAUUGUUUGGGAUAAA